AUGUCGGAGCAGUACCCGCAUUUGAUUUUUGAGAACUUUACGACGAGGCUGGGCCACCGGGUGCGGGACGUGCUGAGGUUCCUUUUCCCCGUUCCGAAGCCUGAUGCCACGCGUGUCUUGACGUUCGACAACCAGAGUGACUUUGUGAGCUUCCGCCACCACACGUUUAGGGUGGUGAAGGGGAGGGAGGUGCAGCUGACGGAGGUUGGCCCCCGCAUGGAGCUGACGCCGUACCGCAUCACACUGGGGACACUUGAGAUGGACGACGCGGAGACGGAGUGGGUGCUGCGGCCGUAUAUGAACACGGCGAAGAAGCGCCGCCUUCUGUGA